AAGGAGAGAGUGGAACGCUCACGAAGGUACACAUCUACGGAAUCACCAGAGCCACUUCCGCCCACACGAAAGAUGGCGGCUCCCUUGAUGGAGAAAUUGUCGGAAUCUUUAGGUUCCCCAGAACCUGCGGUUCGACUGAUUCUGUCCGUUUUAGUCGGGUACCCCUGUGCCCUGCUGUACCGCCGCUUCUUCUUCCACCAGCCACCCACUGUCAUUCACCUAUACCACGCCAUCUCCGGACUGUCUCUGGCGGCUUUCAACUUUGGAACCCAGCUCUAUCACUCUGCAUUAUGCGUCCUUGUCCAGUUCCUGAUGAUGAGGCUUAUGGGAAGGACGAUAACAACCGUCCUGGCCAGCUUUAUGUUUCAAAUGGCAUACCUGCUGUCAGGCUACUACUACACCGCUACAGAAGAAUAUGAUAUCAAGUGGACCAUGCCCCAAUGUGUCCUUGCACUCAAACUUAUCGGUUUGUCGUUUGAUUACUAUGACGGUGGCCAGGAACCAUCCAAGUUGAAUGAGGAGCAGAAGAGGUCAGCCCUAGCCAAAGUUCCCUCUCUGCUGGAGGUAAUCGGCUUCUCCUACUUCUACGGAGGCUUUCUGGUGGGGCCCCAGUUCACACUACGCAGCUACCAGAGGCUCGUCAAAGGGGAGCUCACCGACUGCCCCGGACAGCCACCUAACAGUGUUAUACCUGCUAUGAAGCGAUUCUCCCUUGGCCUCCUCUGCCUGGUGAUCUACGCAAUAUUCAGUCCCCACUACCCAGAUAGCUAUUACCUAACAGACGAGUAUGACGCCCAGCCGUUCUGGUACCGCUGUGUCUUCAUCCUCCUUUGGGCCAAAGUCAUCCUGUACAAAUAUGUCAGCUGCUGGGUCAUAGCGGAGGGCGUCUGUAUACUCUCUGGGCUUGGCUAUAAUGGCCUGGGUCAGAAUGGCGAGUACCAAUGGGACGCCUGCGCAAAUAUGAAGGUGUGGACAUUUGAGACCACACCCCUUUUCACGGGCACCAUCGCCUCCUUCAACAUUAACACCAACGCCUGGGUGGCCAGGCAUGUGUUUAAGCGGUUGAAGUUCCUAGGCAAUAAGCUCCUGUCUCAGGUGACCGCGCUUGCGUUCCUGGCCAUCUGGCAUGGCACGCACUCCGGAUACCUCCUAUGUUUCUCCAUGGAGUUUAUCAUCGUAAAUGUGGAGAGACAGGCCCAAGCGCUGGUGAGGGACAGUCCCCUGCUGACCCGCCUGGCCAACAGUUCCCUCUACCCCCUCAUCUACCUGGUCCAGCAGUUCAUCCACUGGCUCUUCAUGGGCUAUCCUUUGGUGCCCUUCUGCCUCUUCACCUACGACAAGUGGCUCAGGGUGUAUUCGUCCAUUUAUUUCUGCGGCCACAUAUUCUUCUUCACGUUGUAUCUAGGCAUCCCGUAUCUCCGCAAGGUGCUGGUACCUAGAAAAGAACGGAGCGAGAAAAAGGAGGACUAGGAACUACGUUAGGUCUCUGGCUGAAUCUCCACCCAGGAUGUGACUGAAGGGAACUGUGACUUUUAACUAGGAGCGGAUCAGAAAAUAUUUUAAAGCCUUUAAUAUUUGUGUACACAUUUUUCUUUCUAUUUAUUUUAGUGUUUUGGACGGGACGCACGUUUUUUUUGGGACCAGGGAGAUAAAGGUACAGGAAAUAACCAUUGUGAGCCAAUCAGGGGUGUUUUCUUGGUUUUUAGAACUUGAGAGACUGAAGUCUUAUAUACACAGUAUAUUGCACUCGCCACUCACGGGCUCUGGAUCCGUAGGCAGCUCUGUUUUACGAUCUCUCUUCCUGUUUCAACCCUUCCCUCAAGUCCAUAUACACGGUGUAUACAAAACAUCCUAAUAUUGAGUUGCACCCCCCCCAUUCUUUAUACACAUAGAUACUGUUGAGUGUGAAAAACCCAGCAGCGUUUCAGUUCUUGACAAAAGCCAGUGCGCCUGGCACCUACUACCAUACCCCGUUCAAAGGCACUUAAAUAUUUUGUUUAUAUUCACCGUCUGAAUUGACACACACACAAUCCAUGGCUUAAAAAUCCUUAUUUGUCCUAUCUCCUCCCCUUCAUCUACACUAAUUGAAGUGGAUUUAACAAUUGACAUAAAUAAGGGAUCUUAGCUUUUGCAUGAUUCACCUUGUGAGUCUGUCAUGGAAAGAGCAGGUGUUCUUAAUGUUUUCUCUACUCCGUGUGUAUAUAGCCAUGUCUGUGCAGGCUCUAUGGUUCAGGCACAACAAAUGUUUUUGGCACUUUCAGAUUUAAUGUAAACAUUCAUUUUGUUGAGAGAACAAAAAACCAAGGAUUGCUGCUCUGAUGGGAAUUAUAUAUUUUGGGGGAGGAGUGUUUUCAUUGGCCAACACUCACUCACAAGAAGCACUGUACACACUAACACGUGACUCAAAAAUGGCCUUGUAUUAUCAACUGUUUUUACAUUUAUUCUGGUUUCAAUUCAGAUUUUGUUUCCGUUAUUUUUGUGACGAGACUGGAUUUUAUAGCUAUUUUAGGAGGGUUUUACGAUCAACCGUUUUGUAGCUUUGGAUAAGAUUCCAUGAAGGGAUUUCAAUGCUCUCCUCUUCCCCCAUCUCCCUCUCCUCAUGACCCUUUUCAUCCUCCUCUUUGUCUGCCGUCGUCCUCUCACUCCAUUGCCACCCCACACCCUUCCGACUGUCUCUGAACAAACUGGAAAACAAAUUCCCAACUUAAACAACAGGUAACCAAAACCACCACUUUUACAUUGAGUGACAUCACCAUACCAAUGUCAGCAGCAUCACAAGUGGUCUCCAGUGAGAUCUAGCACCUUCCUCGAUCUUUCUUAGGACUUGGUAAAACUUUGCCCUAACCACUGACGCAAGGUCAGAUCUAGAAUGUUUGACUUGUCAGAUACUCUGUUCCUACAUCUACCACUAUCCUUUUCCAAUGCAGAGACACAUUGGGAGAGCAGUGACUCACUGUAGCAACAACCCACAUUUUAAUAAUAUUUAUACUUGUGGUAAUAAUUAAUUGAUGUGAAUUAAUUGUUAUUUCAGAGACUACUUUUUUGCCUUAUUGCUACCAAAUGUACAAAGGAAAAGAGAAAUGGGGAAAAAAUAAUUUUAAAUACAUUUUUUGUAAUGUUCAUUAAAAUGCUGGAUUUUAAAAACCAAA